AUGGCCUCCUCGUCGUCGCCCGCUUCCAUUCCGGACUCGCAGCUGGGCCUCUCGGCCCAAGACGUCCAGACGCUGCGCUACCACCAGCAGCUCGCCCUCUCGCAGCACAACGGCCACGCCCACGCCAACGCCACCGCCAACGGCUCGUCGCGAGCUGCCAGCCAGGCCUCGAGCCAGGGCCGCUUGCUGCUCGAUCCGUCGAGCUUGCAGGCAUUGAGCGCGCAUUUCGACCGCCUGAUGUUCUCGAUCCAGCAGCGCUGGGCAGCUCUCACAGAGCAAACGCGCCUCGCGACGCAGACGCAGCACGACCGCGCGGGCAACGCGCUCGGCCUCGCCGACGCCCAGAUCGCCCGCUUCCAUGAGAUACUGCGCCAGAUCGACGAGCUGCAGGUCGAGUUCGACAAGAUUCGCCGGAUUGGCGAUAUUGUGAAGGCGUUUCGUGCGCGCGUCGAGGCGCUCGAUCGCCGCUUUCCUAAGUGA